AUGUCAUUGGGAUGUUUCAGAACCAAGAAUUAUAAAGUUACAUGUUUAACAGAACAAAUAUCACAUCAUCCACCAGUUUCAGCUUUUUGUUAUCAUAGUGAAGAUAAAGGAAUAACUGCUUGUGGAGUAGAUCAACUUUUGGCAAGAUUUACCAGAACUUCCAGUGUGCAAGGUUGGUUAAAAGCUUCACCAUAUGUAGUUGUUGCUGGAAGCUGCAUUAUAACUUGUCAAAAGACAAAAUUGAAAGCAAUAUUAGAAUAUAAAGAAGAGGAAACAAAAUUACUUUUAGAUAUGGAAAGGAUAUUCCCAAUUCCAAAAAAAAACUAUACAAAGGCCACAAAAAAGAAACAAAUAAUAGAAGAGAGGCAAAGACAAAAGGCUGCAGAAUAUAAAUCUAAUAAAGAAUUCAAUGCUGCUUAUUUUAAAUUACCAAUUAUUGAUGGUAAACCUCAUUUAAAUUAUGCAGGACAUUCAGUAAUAAAACAAGAACAUCAAUUCAUAUUUUAA